UUAUUAUCAGCCAGUCAUAAAUAGUCGUCUCCCUUCCUCUCAUUUUAUCUCCUCUGCCAAUUCAAAACAAGUCAAAUCGUCAAAGCCCCCCCAAGAGAGCGAGAUAGAGAGAUCUUCUAUCUCCUUCUCUCCCUGAACAAUCUUCACUCAACGAAUCUCGGGAUCCCCUCGAACCGUAGCCAUGGGGUUUGAUGCCGAGAAACAAUCGAUCGUUUCUCUUGGACAGAUUGGUGAUUCAUCUUCAGGUGAGAUUAGCUCAGAGAAACAACCUCUGAUCAAAGAGAACCACCACAGCCCAGAAAACUACUCUGUUCUUGCAGCCAUCCCCCCGUUUCUCUUUCCAGCUCUUGGAGCGUUGCUUUUUGGUUACGAGAUUGGUGCCACUUCUUGUGCUACCAUUUCUAUUAAGUCGCCUAAGCUAAGUGGAAUCUCAUGGUACAACUUGUCUUCAGUGGAUGUUGGUAUCAUUACUAGUGGCUCACUGUACGGUGCCUUAAUUGGAUCCAUUGUGGCAUUUAGUGUUGCUGACAUUAUAGGAAGAAGAAAGGAGCUGAUUUUGGCUGCGCUCUUAUAUCUUGUUGGAGCCAUUGUGACUGCAGUGGCACCUGUCUUCUAUGUCCUGAUUAUUGGACGGCUUAUGUAUGGCAUCGGUGUUGGACUGACAAUGCACGCGGCUCCGAUGUACAUUGCAGAGACUGCUCCUAGUCAGAUACGUGGACGGAUGAUCUCACUGAAAGAGUUCUUUACCGUCCUUGGGAUGGUUGGAGGUUAUGGAAUAGGUAGCCUUUGGGUUACGGUUACCUCUGGUUGGCGUUACAUGUACGCAACGAUCAUCCCUUUGCCGGUUAUCAUGGGAAUUGGAAUGUGCUGGCUACCAGCAUCCCCUAGGUGGCUGUUACUGCGCUCUCUCCAAGGUAAAGGGAAUGUGGAGAGACUUCAACAGGCGGCAAUCAAGUCUCUUCGCCGUCUUAGAGGGUCUGUGGUAGUUGACUCAGCCGCUGAGCAAGUGAACGAGAUCUUGGCUGAACUUUCCUCUGUGGGCGAGGAUAAAGAAGCUACACUUGGUGAGUUGUUUCAAGGGAAAUGCUUGAAGGCUCUCACUAUAGCAGGAGGUUUAGUCUUGUUGCAACAGAUAACUGGGCAACCAAGUGUACUUUAUUAUGCACCAUCAAUACUUCAGACUGCUGGCUUCUCUGCUGCAACUGAUGCAACUCGGAUCUCAAUUCUGCUCGGUCUAUUGAAGUUGGUUAUGACUGGAGUUGCUGUUAUAGUGAUUGACAGACUUGGAAGGAGGCCUUUACUUCUUGGUGGUGUUAGUGGCAUGAUGAUCUCACUGCUCCUCCUGGGGUCAUACUACAUCUUUUACAAUACUGUACCAGCUGUGGCUGUAGUUGCAUUGCUACUGUAUGUGGGCUGCUAUCAGUUGUCCUUUGGUCCUAUUGGUUGGCUGAUGAUUUCAGAGAUAUUCCCCUUAAAACUAAGAGGCAGAGGGAUCAGCAUAGCAGUGCUUGUGAAUUUCGGCACAAACGCGCUUGUGACAUUCGCUUUCUCACCUCUAAAGGAGCUGUUAGGAGCUGGAGUAUUGUUCUGUGGAUUUGGAGUGAUAUGUGUAGUGUCUCUCUUCUUCAUAUACUUCAUUGUGCCUGAGACAAAGGGUCUUACUCUUGAAGAGAUUGAAGCCAAAUGUCUCUAAACAAGGGGAACUAAUCUUAGCUCCACCUUCACUGCUGCCUCAUUGCUUGAGGCUAUGGAUGGCAAACGCAGUAACCAGAGGUGGUGUCGCCAUUUACCAGGGAAUUUCACUGGUCGGUCACAGAGAAGCUCGCGGCAAAAACUUGGUUCAAUUUGUAACUUUCGAAUGUUUUCUUAAUAUGUUUUCUAAAAUGUAAAAAAUCACUCUUUCAGAAAAAUAUUUCUAUU